CAGAAAGGCAGGAGCUGUGCGCUGCAGCUGCUAAGCCGUGAGCAGCAGGAGCCAGUGCAGAGGGAGGAGAUGUCUGCGGGCUCUGGCACCGGAAAUCCCCGUGGGUUACAGCUGCAGUGAUGCUAACCCCCCGGGCACAGCCCGAGCUGCUUCUUCAGCAAGACAAGAUGUGGGGGGGAGGGGUCUCCACCAAGGCUGGGGAAAUGAAGCAGUAAGACUGGUGCCAUCAGGAUCGGGGCAGGAGACAUUGCCUGGAUCCAGUCUGGAGCAGCUGCAACCGGUGUGGGCAUCUGCCCUGAAUCCAGAGUCACUCCAGUCUGGGAUCAAGGAUCUUUCACCAUAGGAGAAAAUCGUGUUUCCCACCCAUGGGCUCCUCCAGCUAUAACUGCAGUGACUUUUCAGGUCUGGGGCAGGUGCAAGGCACUGGUGCCAUGUGGGGGCUUGUCGGGGCACUGGUCCUGUCGCACCUGGUGUCCCUGUUGUGGAAUAUUUUCUGCUGCGUGAGGCACACGGCACACAGAGAUGAGUCCAGGAAGCUGUUGCCUCAGUUCAGCAGAAGUGUGAAGCAUGUGACUGAGGAGAUUCCAGUCUAUGGCAACAUCAGUUACCUGCAGACAGGGCAAAGUUCUGGGUUUGAAAGCUCAGUGGUUCCAGAGUCCCAGGAAGAGCAGGAAUCCAGCCCCAAGAAGCCUACAUGCUACGCCAACCUCAAGAUGCUGAAACCCCAAGGCCGGCAUCUGCCAGAAUCAUCAGUGGGGGGUGCUGAGAUCCAGUACACAGAUGUGGUGGUGACGGGGCCCAGGCGGUCAGAGCCAGAGAUUUGGGGCGGGGGGCCCCUGAAGGGCAGAGAGGCUACUCGGCCGCAGUCAGAGCUUUACGCGUCUGUGCAUGCAGACAGGUACACAGCGAAGUUUGAGAACCAAGACUACGCUAACAACCAUGCGGUUCCCAGCUGAAGGGUGGGGGGGCUAACGGAGUUCUGUGUGCAUGAUCCAUAGCAAUAAAUUCAAGCUUCACUAAUGGCUCCAGUGUCUCACGUGCUGCUGAGGAUACAGAAAUGCCCCUGUUCCAGCAAUGCCACUGCCUCAGGCUGGGGCCAUGCUCGCAUCCCGCCAUGCUUGCUGUGUUGCUGACAGCGAUUUAAUUUCUGUGCCUACUUCUUCCUCAAGGAGCAAGAUUCCCCAGGCCCGCUCAAUAAUGCACAGUUCUCCUGCCAGGGAAGGUGAUGGGGAAUUAUACUUCUUGUACAUGGUGGCAGGGGAGUAUAUAGUUAUUAGUACAGUUGGGCUGGGUGGGGGUAGUGCCGGUCACCACCUACCCUGCCACAUUCCUGAGCUUGGUCUUCCUGUCAUGCCAGGUACUAACAUACCCCCCAUCCCACAAAACAGAGAUGGGGUUUCCCCAUGGAAGGCAUGCUCUAUACAGCCCCCCACCCCAGUGCACAGGUGCAAUGAGAGGUAGGCCCUGCCCCAAGCGGUUGGAAUUUGAUACUGAAAGAGCUGUGGGUGCCCUGUGUGCACCUCAGGCUGGGCUCUUGCCUAGUGGGGGCCUGAGCCAGUGUGAGUGGAGGGGAUGCAGAGGUGAUGUAGGUAAGAGAUGAAGGGGGAGAGGCCAGGGAAAGUGUAGUCAGGGGCGGUUCCAUGCCUGCGGAGGGUCUGCUGGUCCUGCGGCUUCGGCGGACCUCCCGCAGGCUGCCGCCGAAUCCGGGG